GAACCACUCCAAAUUCCCAACUGAUCAGUUCUUUUCCUGCAACAAAAAGUUGAAAAUGAAAACUAGCUCAUGAUGUUCAAUAAAUUCAAGAUAAAUCUACUCAUUGGUGAGAUUUGUUUGUGGACAUCAAUGGACGUAUUCAUGAAAGAUGAAGAUGGUUUGAGGCAGUCUGAUCGCUCCAAAACCGCAUCCCUUAAAUCACCAUACACAGACUCAGGGGGCUUGGAUUUCGGUGAUGUUUUUGGGGGGCCGCCACGGCGAGGUGGCGGGCCACAUCUUCACGGUGAUGAUUUCUUUGAUGACAUAUUUAGAGGCCAUGAAUCGUAUAGUUCGCCAUGGAGAACUCAUCAUCGUCACACCUCAAGUUUUCCAGCCAAAUCUAGCAAAUUAGUUGUGGAAUUUCCUACAUUUUCUUCAACAAGUGAUCAUGCUUUGGAGCAUAAGAGCAAGAGAUUCUCAAAUGAUAAAAAUGGAGGGCUAAAUUAUGGAGUUCAUCAAACCUCUCAUAGAAGAAAUGAUGAUGUACCAAACAUUGGAAAGGAUUUGAAUAGUCAGAGCAAUAGGUAUCAUUUCAGUGCUGAUAAUGUGAAGGGAGGCUUUGCCAAGAUAUUCAACAAUGAAACAGAUUUAAUCCCAAAAUCCUAUGUUAAGAUGCAAAGUCAGAGUUGCAGGUGGACGGAUAUAGGAGUCAACCUAAUGGAAAAUCAUAAUCAAAAGGAUGAGAGUUUAAGAAAGGUGAAACCACAAGAAUGGCCUUCAGCAAGUUAUGCAAGAAACGAUGCUAAUUGUAUCAAUAAGAAGAACGCAUAUUCGUCAGAGUCACCACGCGUGGAUUCUAAGAUAUUAGAGGAAGAUUCGAACGACCCUUUUGAAGACUUCUUCGAGUUGAAGGAGUUGCAUGAUGAUCUUGAACAAGCUACACCAUGUGAGGACACUAUAUUGUUGCAGCAGACGCAGGCUGAUGCUAAAAUUCGACAGUGGUCAGCAGGGAAGGAAGGGAACAUUAGGUCUCUCCUGUCAACCCUACAAUAUGUUCUUUGGCCGGGAAGUGGAUGGCAGCCAAUCGCGUUGGUGGAUCUAGUCGAAGAGAAUCCGGUGAAACGAGCUUAUCAGAAAGCAUUGCUCCGCCUACAUCCAGAUAAACUUCAGCAGAAAGGCGCUGCUUCUCAUCACAAGUAUAUUGCCCUUCAAGUUUUUGAUAUUCUUCAGGAAGCAUGGGACCAUUUCAACAACACUUGUCCAAUUUAAGUACUAACCAUUCAUGCAGCCAUGUAUGUAUACUAGCUCGGUCCAGCAUAGUGCAGAAUGCAUAUAUCAAUCUUUUUUAUUUAUGACAAAGCAAAAAUAAAUGUAAACUAAAUGAAUACCACAUGUAUAGUGCACGUUAAUUUGCUUGGAAUGUUUAUAAAAUUGUUUCCAUACAA